GUUCAUUUUGGUUUUGCGGGCCAAACGGUCACACUGCGCUGCAAAGCCAUUUUUUCGCAUUAUUAAUUUUUAGUUAAACUUGCAAAAUGUUGCUGCGUUUGAGAAAAGUGAAAACCUAUUAAAUAGGUUCGCACCACAGACACACACACAAUCGCGUCCUUUGUUCGCCAGACGGCAGCGGCGCUGGCACACAAAAAAGCUCAAAACUCGCUCUGGCACACUGGAAAAAGCAGCAGCAGCAGAGGCGGCGCGUAGUAAAAAAGUAAAAAGUCUUCUUAUAGGGAGCCGAAGAACCGACGAAGCGACGGCAGAGUUCAGAUAUGGAAAGUCCUUGCGAGUCGGAGAGUUCGCUGGAUGGUGGAACUAUGCUGCCACCUAGUCCAGUAUCCCGGGAGCAGCUACAGAAGCGCAUCGAGUCGCUUACCCAGCAAAACAAAGUUCUGAAGGCUGAGCUUGACACAUCGAAGACUAAAUGCAAAGUGGUGCAGGAGGAGAAUCGCUUUUUAAAACACGCAUCUGUCAUAAUUCAAGCCAAGGCGGAGCAGGAGGAGGAGUACAUUUCCAACACAUUGCUGAAGAAAAUCCAAGCGCUGAAGAAGGAAAAGGAGACGUUGGCGCAUCACUACGAGCGUGAGGAGGAGUGCUUGACCAAUGAUUUGUCCCGAAAGCUGGACCAGCUGCGCCAGGAGAAAUGCAAGUUGGAGCAGACGCUUGAGCAGGAGCAGGAGUGCCUCGUUAAUAAGCUAAUGCGAAAAAUUGAGAAACUGCAGGCGGAAACGGAUAACAAGCAGACAAAUCUAGAGCAGCUGCGUCGCGAAAUGGUCGAGCUGGAGAACACACUCGAACAGGAGCAGGAGGCGCUGGUGAACAAACUAUGGAAGCGCAUGGACAAACUGGAAACCGAGAAACGUUCACUGCAAAUAAAACUUGAUCAGCCGGUGUCUGAUCCGACAACGCCACGUGAUAUCACCAAUAAUGCCAAUGGCGACACCGCCACCAAUCUGAGCGCACACAUCCAGACGCUGCGUGAAGAGGUGCUGCGUCUGCACGCCAAUCUCGCUACCGCCCAAAAGGAGGAGAAGUCCAUACGGGAGGAGAAUGCACGGUUGCAGCGCAAACUCAAACAGGAGGUGGAGCGACGCGAGGCACUGUGCCGCCAUCUAUCCGAAUCGGAGUCCUCACUCGAAAUGGACGAGGAGCGCUUCUACAAUGAGAACCUCAUGGCUGGCGGCCCAACAGCGGCUGCAGCGGUCAAUGCUCAGCGACAGCGCACCAUUAGCAGCCCCGUCUCGCACAGUCCUUCAAGCAGUCGCCCUCUAAGUCCCGGAACGGCGGGUCAAAACCGAUGCUAUGCCUGUGGGCAACUUGUGAAUCGUCGCGCCAGCGAGCGCUUCAUAAAGCCAGCACUGCCUACGCCCAUGCUGGGCCUAAAUACUUCCGCACCGAAUGUGCUAACAACGACAAACCCAUUGUUGGCCACCGGUUCGGCUGCCAUUUAUGGCGGCACUGGUGGCGCUGGUGGUGCUGCUGGUACCGGUGGUGGUGGAAUGUCUAGCUUUCUAUCGACGCUGAGCAGCGAACGACUGAGCUUCGGCGCUGGGGGACAGCAGCCGCAGGCAGCGGGCAGUGCAGGCACAUUCGUUGCCGGCGGCAUAUUGUCGAUGAAUAACCAGUUAACAGGAGGCACAUCAAGCAGCGCUUCGUCCUCGUCGUCCAACUUGAUGAACAAUUCGUCCAGCGGCAAUUUGAUCAACAGCAGCAGCAGCAACUCAUCGCUAUCGGCUUUCACGCCCACCAAUCAGCCAAGUGGUGCGGCCACGGCCUUUAUCCAGCCGGCCAGCCCCAUGGAUACUUCCACAUACAAGGAAUAGGUGGCUCUGCUGCCAUAAAAUAUAUAUAUAUAUUUUCUCUCCCACGCUACACACCCACUCACACAAACACACACAAACUCACCCAUACAAAAGCAUACUUACACAAAUACGCACGCAAGCAACCAGUUUAAUGAAAGUAUAAAACCUUAAAUCUCUAUAAUGUAAGCUUCCCUCUAUGGAGCGGCUCAAAGUCGCAUGAUUUAUUUCUAUUAUUGAUAUCAAAAUCUCUUAUAGUUAUUGCGACAUACGUAAACACCUUCAACUAUAAUAUACUAUUUGAAUUCCUACACAGCGUUUAAUAGGAAUCAUGAUUACUUAUAUCUAUGAGAAUGAAAUGAUUUUUUACUUUUGUUCGGUUCGACUUAAAUCAAGGGAACUAAGGAAACAAAAAAAAAACGGCAUAUGUUAAACCAAUUUCCCCACUUUUCCCUCGCAUGUAUGUGGGUCUAAAAUUUUUUGAAGUAUGUAUAUGUAAGUCAACAAAUAAAGUUCAACAAUUAAAAAUUAUCAAAUCA